UUAUCAUACUCUAAUUCUAAUUUUGUCUUUCUUCUUCUUAUUAAGGUUUGAUAAAUAAGAAGCUUUCCAAUCUUCUUUCUUUUCUUUUUUAAGUUUUCAUUUCAUCAGAAGCUUCUCAAUUUCAAGAGGAAUUAUGGGUUAUUUCUGGACUUUGAUGUGUCAUCUUCAUACUCUUGCCGGGCCAGUGACGAUGUUGCUCUAUCCUUUGUAUGCAUCAGUAGUAGCAAUUGAGACUACUGAUAAGUUAGAUGAUGAACAAUGGCUUGCUUAUUGGAUUUUUUAUUCUUUUCUUACACUCAUGGAAAUGGUCCUUCAACCAGUUCUUGAAUGGAUACCAAUAUGGUAUGAUGUGAAAUUGAUAUUUGUGGGAUGGUUAGUUCUACCACAGUUCAGAGGAGCAGCUUUUAUAUAUGAUAAGUUUGUUAGGGAAAGGAUAAUCAAGAGAUAUAGAGAAUCACAGCACCAUAACAAGUCUCCUAAAGGCAAGUCCAAGACGAAAUUUGUGGAUUUCAUCGCUUCCAAAAAGGGAGAGCAUGAGGCUUACUGAAUACUAAAGAGUGACAGAUGAAGUGCCACAUUAGAGAUUGCCUAAUUUUGUUUAUUAACAAUGAAGAUAUUGUAGAGGCAGUAUUUGGCUUGUAAAUUACCUUAAUAUAUAGGGUGUAAUUAUUUGCUCCCACUCUGUAAUUUUGGCACUGUGACUAAACUUUGUAUUAUAAAGAACCCUGCUGUGAUCAGUUAAAUUGAUGUUGUCAAUAUUAAUAUUAA